CAACUAGGAACUAUAUCAGGAAUAACACUAAUUUUUUAAAAAUCACACGUUUGCAGUGUUAGUUUCAUCAGCCGUUGUACAAGAUGAUAAAAAACACAGGAAAAACACAUUUUGACUGCAAUGGGCCUCUAACGACUAUGUGGUUAUUCCUAUUCUGUACAUUUGAAUGUCAAAUAAGGUAAUUCAUUGGGUAACAUUUAUAUGUAAAAAUCCUGUUUAAUAUUCUACCAGCAACGUUUAUUUAAAACAAUAGCUCAGGCUGUCAUAGUGAGAAGACAAACUUCCUCACAGUGCUAUUAUUGCUCGAGUGGCUUCCUCUUCAGUGAACACUCACACUUCCUCCACUACAGCAACACUUUGCUUGACUGCUUUGACGCUCUCGGACAGAUUGUAGGCUAUAUGUUCAUACAAACCCUGCCACUGAAGAUAGUAUGUUUGGUGUCUGAGACAGUGAAGGGGCCAGAAUGCAGAGCAUCAAGUGUGUGGUGGUAGGAGACGGCGCAGUGGGGAAGACCUGCCUCCUUAUCUCCUACACCACCAACGCCUUCCCCAAGGAGUACAUCCCCACUGUGUUUGACAACUACAGUGCCCAGGUGACUGUGGACAGCAGGACUAUUAGCCUCAACCUGUGGGACACAGCAGGCCAGGAGGAGUACGACCGCCUGCGCACCCUCUCCUACCCCCAGACCAACGUGUUUGUCAUCUGCUUCUCUGUUGCCAGCCCCCCCUCCUUUGAGAACAUCAAGCACAAGUGGCACCCAGAGGUCACCCACCACUGUCCCAAUACGCCCAUUCUGCUGGUGGGCACCAAGAAGGACCUGCGUAAUGACCCAGAGGUGUUGAAGAAGCUUAAGGAUCAGAACCAGACGACCAUCACCCAACAGCAGGGCACCGCCCUGGCCAGGCAGAUCCAAGCCAUCAAGUACCUCGAAUGCUCUGCCCUCAACCAAGAUGGAAUCAAAGAAGUGUUUGCUGAGGGUGUGCGAGCCUUUCUCAACCCACAACCUGUCGCCACCAAGAAGCCCUGUGUGCUAUUGUAAAGGCAGUAGGAAACGCUGUGUGCUAUUAUAAAGGCAGUAGGAAACCCUGUGUGCUAUUGUAAAGGCAGUAGGAAACCCUGUGUGCUAUUAUAAAGGCAGUAGGAAACGCUGUGUGCUAUUGUAAAGGCAUUAGGAAACCCUGUGUGCUAUUGUAAAGGCAGUAGGAAACCCUGUGUGCUAUUGUAAAGGCAGUAGGAAAUCCUGUGUGCUAUUGUAAAGGCAGUAGGAAACCCUGUGUGCUAUUGUAAAGGCAGUAGGAAACCCUGUGUGCUAUUGUAAAGGCAGUAGGAAACCCUGUGUGCUAUUAUAAAGGCAGUAGAGAUACUAUCACAGAUGCAUAUCCAAUAGAACAAUAUUAAUUAAUUUAAUGUGUGUAAACCAUUGGAGUUGAUUUUAUUGUGAAAUAUGUUUUUGUUGUACUGCCAAUAACAAACACUGCGAUAUCAAGACUUCAUUAAGAAAAAAGGGGAUCUCAGAGGCAUUGGCUCAAGAUGCAUGCUUCAAAACUGACCCAAUGUUAGGUAGGCGAGAAGGGCCUUGCUCAAACUUUGUCUGUCAGAAUCCUUGCUUUUGUAUAUCCAUUAUUUUUCCCUCUUCCUAUAAAGCAAUUGACAAACAAAACCUGA